GCUUGGGAUAGGUGAGACACAGUGCAACAGGCAGGAUCCAGACAACAUCACUUUCCCACUCUGCCUUGCCAGCAGAAACCUUUGUGUAGCCUCACAGCAGCAGGAUAAAGCAGCACAGAGGUGGCUGAUCUGUGGAGGGAUGCUAGUGUGUUUACAAUGACCAACUGCUGGAGUGUCGGGGACUGCCAAGGCUCCUUGCUGAAGGAGAGACUGAAGGAAGGCUCAGUGUGGACGAUGAACCGGUACACCAUGCUCAAGCAGCUGGGCGACGGCACAUACGGCAGCGUGCUGCUGGGGAAGAGCAACGAGACCGGGGAGCUGGUGGCCAUCAAGAGGAUGAAGAGGAAGUUUUAUUCUUGGGAUGAGUGCUUGAAUCUAAGAGAGGUGAAGUCACUGAAGAAGCUGAAUCAUGCCAAUGUGGUGAAACUGAAGGAGGUCGUCAGAGAAAAUGACCACCUGUACUUCAUCUUUGAGUACAUGAAAGAAAACCUGUAUCAGCUCAUGAAUGAACGAAACAAGUUGUUCCCUGAGUCAGACGUCAGAAACAUGACAUUUCAGAUAUUACAGGGACUCUUCUAUAUUCAUGAACAUGGGUAUUUCCAUCGCGACAUGAAACCAGAGAACUUGCUGUGCAUGGGCCCGGAGCUGGUUAAGAUCGCAGAUUUUGGACUAGCAAGAGAAAUCCGCUCACAACCACCUUAUACGGAUUAUGUGUCCACGAGAUGGUACCGAGCUCCAGAGGUUCUGCUCAAGUCCAACUCUUACAGCUCUCCCAUCGAUAUCUGGGCCGUGGGCUGCAUCAUGGCGGAGCUGUACACCCUCAGACCGCUGUUUCCAGGCAACAGCGAGGUGGACGAGAUCUUCAAGAUCUGUCAGGUGCUGGGAACGCUGAAGAAGUCUGACUGGCCUGACGGCUACAACCUGGCCACCUCGAUGAACUUCCGCUUCCCAAAAUACACCCCCACCAGCCUCAGAUCGCUGAUUCCCAACGCCAGCAACGAGGCGAUCUCACUGAUGAAAGACAUGCUGCAGUGGGACCCCGAGAAAAGACCGAGUGCUGCUCAGGCUCUGAGGUAUCCAUACUUCCAUGUGGGACAGUCACUCGGUGCCCCUCUGAAGUACUCAGAGCAGCACAGGACUCAAGAAAAGGCAUCUGAGGCAGCUACAGAACUGAAGCCACUGUCCCUCUGUAAGACGGAUCUGGACUCUUGUGAGCUCGGCAAGUCCCAACCAGAACCGCAGACCUGCAGCCGGUCGCUCCAUCAGCCUCUGCAGCAGAUCCCCCUUCCUCAGGAGAACAUGGAGGCCAACACACUCCAACUAGUGUGUCCGAUGACGGAGGGGCAGCAAGAACCUCUCAGCCUGGUGAAGAGCAGGCAGCCAGGGAGCUGCAAAGCUGUAACUGUCAGUCAGCGAGGAGCCGCUACAGGAGCAGAAAACAGUGUGUCCGUGGCCCGGACCGGACGCCGACGAUGGGGUCAGACGUCCUUCAAGUCGAUCGACAGCUGGGACGAUGGCGACGACACAGAUGCCGGAGUUUCCAUCUCUAAAAAACCCACAAUCGCUUCUGUGAAGAACAGGGCUCUGGAUGGGUCCAGCUGCCGAAUUUCAGAGUCAAAGAACAUCUCGGGUGCAAAGCUGCCGAGCAACGCUGGGCUGAGCAGAACCGACUCCACCACAAUGUCCGCCAAGCAGCACUACCUCCGCCAGUCCAGAUAUGUGCCCGGCGUGAAUCCAAAAAGCAACUCCACAGUAGGAAGCCAGGGAGCCACCAAAAAGAUGUGGAGCAACUCAUGUUCAGUCAAAGCAGCAGGUCUGGAGUUUCCUCUGGGCAAAGACCCCUUUGUGAGCAACUCCAACACCAAGACUCCUUUUCCGCCUUUCCAGAAGACCGAACCAGGAGCAGGACGACAGAGGAUCACACUGGCACCCAUAACAUCGAACCCCGCUGUUGAUCUGUCAUCUGCUGCUGACCUAAGAGCAGGCUCUAAAUCCAAACCAUCCAAAAACAAGAACUCCUUAAAUAAGCUCUUAAAUGAAGAGACUGAAGGACGGAGGUGCAGAUCUCUGAACCCUCAGAUUCCUGGAUCCAGCGCCGGAGCUGCAGCCAAACCCACUUUCUCCAGAAGCACAAACCUCCAGCCGGUGCACGGACGAGUCGACUGGACGGCCAAAUACGGAGGUCACCGGUAGCACAGCGGCUCCACCACAGACUCGUGGGAAAAUCUCCCAAUGAACUUGAGCUGGAAAUGUGUUUCACUG